CUAAAUCAACCAAAUUCACUCAUCAAACUCUGGAGCGCUCUCAAGAAUGGAUGACUGGUCCCUCUCUGCCGAGCUGGGCAGCCCGCCGCGGGCACUCGACCUGCUGAUGCACGAGUGUACCUCCGCCGCUGUCGUGGUCGACGAGCACAACAAAAUCCUGGCUUGCAACGCAAAGUGGGUGGCGAUGUGCGGCUACACUCCGGCGGAGGCGCUCGGCAAGAGCCCCCGGAUGCUGCAGGGGCCGCUGACGGACCAGGGAAAAGCGAAGCUGUUUGCGGAGGAGGUCCGCGCGCGCGGCGGCGCCCGUGCAAUGCUGGCCAACUACUGCAAGGACGGUAUUGCCUUUGUGCACGCGCUAAGCGCCACGCGGGUCACUGACCGCUCGACCGGACACGUCCUGUACUUUACCGAGGGGCGGCACGUCAAGGAACCGGCGGUCUGCCGCGCCAUUCUCAAGACGGACCGCGCGGCGAGCACAACCGCCGCCACCACCACCACCAACUCCGCCACCCCCUCCUCCUCCUCCGCCGCCGCCGCCAUCGGCAUCGCCAUCGCCGUCGCAGUGUCCGGUGCUGCGGUCGCGGCGGGCGGCCACGUUUCCUCCCUGCCGCGGCUGCUCCUCCUCCCCUCCGCCAUCCCGCUCGCGAUCGUCGUCCUCUCGCUAGCGGUGGUCGCGACGGAGAAAUUCCCCUCGCCGCACGUCGCGCCCCUUCUCGGAACCUUCUCGGAACCGGCUCGGACCCUUCUAGGAGCCGACCUCGCCGAGCCGCUCGUCGCGCCCUCGCCGAGCCGACUGCUUUCGCGGCAAGAGCGAGGCGGAGCUCGAGGCGGAGCGCGCGGCGCGCGCGGCGGCCUGGCUGGAAAAGCAGGCCAGCGACGCCGCUCUCUCCGCUCGGCGCACCUCGGCCGCCUCCAACAAGGC